AUGGCCCAAUACUUUUGCCCCAUCAAAUUUCAACACCUUUGCUGGCAAUUUUUGCCGCUGCCAAAAUCCCAAAUCUCGCGUCUCUAUUGGCGCUCACCUCUCCAAGUGAAAGUAUGGGCAGAAAAGCCGGGACCUUGUUCAUCAACCCUAAGAAAUUCGAGAAAUGAUCUCGUUUUUGAACUGCCUGGCUUUGAUCAACAAGGCAACGACUCGAAAUGCACUCGACAAAAAUCCCUUUUGAGUACCUGCAUGGAUGCUCAGUCUAGCGGUAAAAGAAAGCCUUGGGGUAGCAUUAACUAUCACCUGCAGAGGCUGAGCAGGGGAAGAAAUGUAAUCCAAGGACAUGUUUUUGAAUUCAUUGAA